AGCUUCGAUCUCCAAGAAGACAAAACAGACCCAUUGUAUCUGUCGUGUCAUUAAGGAAGGAAACUCAGGUGCUCUGAAGCUUGUCCAAGUUCUUGCGGUCAAUCUCUGAAAGACAUGAAGAACACGACGAGCCUAUUUAUUUCGAUUCUUUUCCUGUUAUUGUUUUCCUCCUCUGCCCAGAAAAACCAGGAUUCUGAAAUCUUUGCAGCUUCAAGUUGGCCUCAUUAUUUGUUCUCUUAUGUUAGAACACUUCUACAAGAAGAAGAGCAUGCUCAUGAAGUACAUUGUUCGAGAGAAAGAAGUAGGGCGGCAUGGAAGAUCAUAGAGGAGUAUUUGAUGCCAUUUGUUAAAAAAGAACGCUAUGAGAUCUCAACCAAGUGUCGCCUUCAUCCUGAUAAUGAUCUAUUUAGGGAUCAGGAACGACACAAGAUUCAUUUGGAUAUAAAUGAAUGGCAGUGUGGAUACUGUAAGAAGAGCUUCCGUGCUGAGAAGUUUCUUGAUCAGCAUUUGGACAACAGACACUACAAUCUUCUGAAUGUAAGUGGAAGCAAGUGCUUAGCUGAUCUAUGCGGAGCUUUGCAUUGUGACACCGUAAUGAAUACCCAAUCAAGCAAAAAAAAGUGCAAUCCUGCAGCUACUGCAAGGAAUCACCACCUAUGUGAGGGUCUUGCUAAUAGCUGUUUUCCCUCAGAUCAGGGGCCCUCUGCACACCGUCUUAAUGAAUUGUUCUUGCACCAGUUCUGUCAUUCUCACACUUGCUCAGAAAAGCAGAAACCCUUUUCUAGAGGAGGACAGAAACAAGUGCAUGUAUUCUACCUGGCUAUUUCCAUACUGACUCUGAUGUUGCUUCCUAUUUUCUAUGUGAUACUUUAUUUACACCAAAGAGAGAUGAGAAAGGGAACCCAAGAGCUCAGGCGCAUACCAAAAGUUGGGCUAAAAAAGAAACCCUCAUAGUUGGAUAUAAGAGUGGAUUAGUUGAGCAGAUCAAGGAUUGUGUGCCUUAACUUACCCUCGAAUAUAAUUUGUUCUAAAUCUGCAUGUUGACACACAUAGGAGAUGUGGCACCAGAAUGCUGCAACAGAUAACAAAUUCCAGAUCAGCAUUUUAGAAGAUCCAGAUCUGACCCUACCCUUUAUAUAGGAUCUAUUGGUUGAUGAGACUAGAAUUAGCUUUCGAUAUAUAGUAUUCUCUUCGAUAAAUUUAUGACUUGACAUUUAGAGGUGGUUUUGAUCCGUUGCCAAAACUUUGUUGUCAUUGGGCUUAGGGCUUACUGCGAGUGUUAGUAUGAUUAAGAUGUUUUAUUACUCAUUGCUCUCAUAAGAUGAGUACUUUGUUUCUGGUUUUGUGGUUCAACACUCGCAACUUGAUUACCAUGCAUAUGAUCUUGCCUUACAGUUAAUAGUACAAGGACUCAUCAUCU